AUGACUUAUAAAAUUACUGUGUUAUUUUUAGUUGCUAUCUUGGUCAAUCAGGGCAAUGCGGAUGACAAUUAUAAGUUACCUAAGGGCCAUCUUAAACCAUUAGGACAACAUCGUGCUGCUGAAGGGCAUAUUGAUGUACUCAAUGAACCGAUUUCUGCCGAAGAAUUCUGGAGCAAGUAUGUUGGUCAAAGGCGACCAGUCUUACUAAAGCAAGCGGCAUUAGAUUUUCCAGCGAUAGACUCAUGGACUGAUGAUUAUUUAAGAAAUUUUUAUGGAAAUUAUUGGAUUUAUUCUGCUAAAAUCAAUGAAAAGGAAGAAAUCUCUAAUGACCAAGGGCAUCUAGAACGCCAAUCCUUGAAUGAUUUUAUAUCAACUUAUGUCAAUGAAAGCAAAUGCAUCGAUUCUCAAUUGCCUCAACCCAUGCAACGCGAUGUGCUAAUUCCACCUUUCCUUUCAUGUGGCUCAUUUACAACCGCUAUGAUUGAUGUACAUGUUUGGCUUAACACCGGUAACAGUAAAAGUUCGCUACGGAAAGAUGCUUCUAAUACGAUCAAUUGCUUAUUGAAUGGAACGAGUGAUUGGAUAUUAAUCGAUAAUCAAAACGCACAUCUUGUACCCAUGGUAGAAGAGAUAGCCAAAGAUGGAAGUACACGUUCUGCCUUACAAGUUGAUGAAGUGGACUUACAGAAAUAUUCAGCAUUUUCAAAUUGCCCUUACUAUGAUGCUACCUUAGCUAAAGGAGACUGCAUCUAUCUUCCUCAUGAUUCUUUGUAUCAAGUAAGAACAGAUGGUGUUAAAAAUAUGCGUGUUUCGCUUUUAUUUUCUCAAAGCGUAUCGCAUUUGAAAAAGUUUAACAACCAGGAUUGUCAAACGUCGAAAUAUAAAAAUAUUCGGGACCCCAUGUUUGAUUGGCAAAUUAAUAGCCAUACAACCCCAGUUGUUGAUUUGCAAGAUCCUAAUUUAUACAGAGAAGCUGCAUUUCAAGCAUUUAAAGGCAAGAAAAAAAUAAGGACUGAAGUGCUUUUAAGGAGACUCAAGAUACGAAAAAAUCUCCAGAUAGAGAAUAAAAACGUUGUCACUACUGAUGAGAUCGCUGACCUCCCUCUGCAAUCUUGGAUAAAUUUAAUAUACUACUUUGAUUUAGAUCCGGAAAAUCCUUUAAAAUAUGAAUAUCGCAUCUAUACAAAGAAAGAUAUACGAUCGAUAAUCGAGAAAACCAUUGAUAAAGCUGGAGGAAUUAAUACUAGAAAAUUUGCCGUUUUCUAUGAGAAAUUACUAUCAGGGUCUGAGCAAUCAGCAAACGAGAUUAUGAGAAAAUUUGAUACUAACGGAAACGGAAAAGUUAGUAAAGAGGAAAGACUAAGUAAGUUGGAUGAAGUUCUAGGUUUGUUUGCUAAUCCGGAUGGUAAAGUUGACGAAAUAGAUAGCAAUGAAAGUGAUAUAUCGGAUGGUGAAGAUCCUCUAAGAUCAGAGGAGACGGAAUUAAAGAAAGAGUCUGCUGAAAUCGGAAACCAAGGAAUACCUGAACAAACUGAUAGUGGAAGCAUUAAUGAUGAAAUGAAUGAAAAGAAAUCUUCUCGCGAUGAAUUGUAA